AUGGUUACCAUUGAGAAUCUGUUUAUUGCUGCGUACGCGCCCAACGCCCUGUUUGCUUCCCUGGCCAACCCGCUGGUUAUUGGGAUCCUCGUCUCCUUCUGCGGUGUUAUGGUGCCCUACGCGGAGAUUAAUGUCUUCUGGCGGUACUGGAUGUACUACCUCAACCCGUUCAACUACCUGAUGGGCAGCAUGCUGGUCUUUACCGUGUGGGACACCGACGUCAGAUGCACCCAGUCUGAGCUGGCCAUCUUCGAUCUGCCGGCCAACUCCACCUGCGAGCAGUACCUGUCCACCUACCUGGAGACCCUGGGGUCUGCUGCCGACCUGCUCAACCCCAGCGCGACCGCGCACUCGUACGGGCUCGUCUACCUGAUGAUGAAGCUGCGGACCAAGGCCUCCAAGAAGGCCGAGUGA